UCCCCUCCCUCCCCGGGUGUUCCGUCCUCUCCCACCGUUCCACAGCACCGAAGAGGCACCUCGAUCACUGCUCUUGGUCUGACUACGAACCCUUCCAACCAGACCCCCUUUGCCGCUUUCGGACUACAACGACGAGCGAGUGUCGCAACCUCAUCCAUGUCGAGCUCCCCGGAUUUCAAAAACAGUUUCGGAGACGAGCCUGCUGUUCUUGAAGAGGAUGACCCCUCGCGAGCCACUAUACACCCUCCAUCCUCGCCAUCCUUUGCUAGACGGGUCAGUUUCGGCGCACAAGCUUUAAGAGAUGUUAGACUAGGAGGGAGCCCUGGUGCUGCUGGCGGUGGUAGGCGCCCCUCCUCCUCCCUUUUCACUCUAAAUGAGAAUUUCGAAAAUGCCAUUCCAUCACGUCGAGCUACGUCGGGGACGGCCAAGACUGCAGGUAAGAGUCGAGGCCUGUCCCUUUCAUACCGUCCAAAUCCCAAAAUUGCAAAGCGAAGUCAUUUGUCUCCAAAUCUUACUGAUGUCCAACAGGAGAAGGCUUCAAUUGGUCCGAAGCCCUACGUGAUAGAUCGAAACGUUCCCCAUCCUUCUCCUCGGGCAAUCCCUUUAGCCAAGGGGCGACUCGUCCUCGCUCCGCAAGCAUCUCCAAUCCCGAACCGCCAAAAGAAAUCUCAAAGCCCGUCGAGCCGCCGCCUGCCAGGUUGAUGAAGAAACCAGAUGCCCUUGGCGAAAGAAUGCUCCGGGGGGACUUUAUGAUGGAUUGA